GUUUUUGUGUGUAUAAAGUAGUGUAAACCGGAAGCUGGUGUUAAUUGUAUCCAAAAGGGUUCAAGUUUCUUGUGACUUUUGCUUCCACCUAAUUCUUACUUCAGGCACAAAACAAAAGAUGCAAGGAGGGGUUCAAGCAAUCUUCUCACAUGGGAAUGUGUUCAAGAAUGCUGUCCUUCGCCACAUCCGUGUGGGCCCCACAGCCGUUGGAUCUCUAAUGUUCGCACGCCGGGAGUCCACGUCGGCAGCUAGGAUCGAAGAGCACGGUUUCGAGAGCACCACUAUUUCCGAUGUUCUCACAGCCAAAGGCAAGAAACAAGACGGCUCGUGGCUUUGGUGCACCACUGACGACUCUGUUUACGAUGCCGUGAAAUCGAUGACUCAGCACAAUGUCGGAGCUCUUGUGGUCGUUAAACCAGGGGAGCAUAAGUCCGUCGCGGGAAUUAUCACAGAAAGAGAUUAUCUCAGGAAAAUCAUUGUCCAGGGAAGGUCGUCCAAGUCGACCAAGGUUGGCGAUAUCAUGACUGAAGAGAACAAACUUAUCACAGUAACACCGGAGACUAAAGUUUUGAAGGCAAUGCAACUCAUGACAGAUAAUCGCAUUAGGCAUAUUCCGGUGAUUAACGAUAGCGGAAUGAUCGGUAUGGUGUCCAUCGGAGAUGUGGUUCGUGCAGUGGUGAGCGAGCACCGUGAGGAAUUGAACCGCUUAAAUGCCUUCAUACAAGGAGGUUACUAGAUGAUGACGAUAAAAUGAACGGCUGAGAUUUCACCUCGGAGUUUGUAUAUAUUUUGGUUUUUAUGCAAACUUCUAGAAGAUCUUUUGAGAUAUUAUGUUCCGUUCAGAUUUAAUAAUACCCAGAAACUGCCUUUGUGCUUUUGCUCGUCUCUUUAUUUGUGACUCCAAACAGAGCUCUUUCUCUACAAGUGUUGGACUUGUGAAUGGUUGGACUUGUAAAUGGUUUUGUUUUUAUUGUUCUAGUUCAUAUGUUUUUUUUUUUC